AUGGCGGCUAUGAUUUCCCCCGAAUGGAGAGCAACUCCAAACACUGAUAAUCGGACGAUUGCCGGCUUUGAAGUCGCCUAUUCUUGGACGCAUUUCUAUAUUGUUUCUGUCUUUCUUGGAUUCCUAAUUAUUUGUAUUAUUUGUGGAAAUGCUUUGGUCGUUCUAGCCGUCCUCACUGAACGGCACCUCAGGGUCGUGUCGAAUUAUUUAAUUCUCAGUUUAGCCGUGGCGGACCUCCUUGUGGCCGUCAUUGUAAUGCCACUUAGUGUCGUACACGAAGUAUCCAAAGUUUGGUGGCUCGGAUUACCUCUAUGCGAUCUUUGGAUAUGCGCGGACGUAUUGUUAUGUACAGCCUCAACACUCCAUCUCUGUGCAAUUGCAAUCGAACGGGCUCUAGCGGUGAGCAAUCUUGCCUACCUUCGACAUCGGCCUGCAAGCUUCAUUCUAAUCAUGAUUGGCAUAUGCUGGAUCCUUGCAGCAAUGGUUAGCCUUCCUGCACGCUUUCAUCCGAGGCGUAAUCUCGUAAUCCCUGAGGUCAUUUACAAUGGGGUGUGCGAAGUCAACAUGGAGAAGGGAUUUACUAUUUACUCUAAUCUACUUGCCUUCGAUAUACCAAUGAUCUUCACUGUCCUAAUGUAUGUGCGAAUUUACUUUGCUGCACGAAAGCAUAUACGAAAAAAGCACUUUUCAAAGUAUCACACUAAUUCCAAUAAUGCAGCAAAUGAAACGAGCAAGAAGAAUAAUUUUGUCUAUCAACCCCCAAUUACUCCUGAAGGCAAAGAAGGUCACCAGUACUGUUGCCACUGCUGUGGAUACGUAAUGGAGACCAAGUUUCACAAAGGCGGUACUAUGUUUAAACUCGGUUUAACGAGACGUUCAGAAUUUCAGUGUUCAAGUUCAUCUGAAAAACCGACAAUAACUACAACAGCAGAACCACCUGAAACAGUAGUUGCUGCAGCAGUUUCGGCCAUGAAAAUUGCGGCGACAAUGAUCAGAACCACAAAAGAACCCGAAUGGGGAAAUUGUGACUAUGAAAGUUCAGGAAGUGAUGAGACCUUCCAGUUAAAUACACUUAGCGCUGUUAAGAACUCUACCUUUGAAGAAGUGUCAAGCGAUGAAGACGAAAAGGCGAUUAAAAUUCGUGCACUAACAUAUGAAAUCAUUAGAAAUUAUCAUAAAAAGAAGGAAAUCAAUGCAAACGCUUUAAAUCCCGACACGACGGUCUCCCAAGAUGCGUCAAUAUACACCAAUCAUUCCUCCAUCCUCUUUGCCGAUGAGAAUUCUAAACCCAAUUCGCUUUCCUCAAGUGUGUAUUCUACCUUGAUGCACAAUUCAGAUUCUAGAGAAUUAGAAAGUGUAAGUAGAAAUGAUGACCCUCAAAAACCGAUGAAGAAUUUCCUUCCCCUGAGUAUGUACUACAAAAGGAAGCGCCAGCAGCGUUGGCUUGAGCAGAGCGUUGUGUUGAAUAAGAAGGCCACAGAAGUGAUGAAGCAUUUAUCAGUCAAUGAACCAGAUCUGGAAAUCAGACAAGAAGAGGAGCGUUAUAUGCGAGAACGUAUUGAGCAAAAGCGUGAAAGGAAGACUGUGCGAACUCUGGCCAUAAUUACGGGAUGCUUUGUUCUAUGUUGGUUGCCUUUCAAUCUCAAUGCCCUACUCUCUCCGUUUAUUGGUCGAAUACAUCCAGUUGGUGUGUCAUUUUUACUUUGGUUAGGCUAUACAAAUUCAUUACUCAACCCCAUCAUCUACACCAUAUUCUCUAAGGAGUUCCGCUGUGCCUUUCGACGAAUUAUCUGUCAAGGUCCACGAUUAAAUUGUUUUCGAUGA